AUGAAUGUUUUAGAGGGUUCCUUCUUUUUAUACGAAUCUGUAGCAGUGGCCACAAAGAUUAAUUUACCCGAAAACGUACAAGCUAAAAAAGAUCUAAGAGAAUUAUCGCGCAUAACAGCUGAAGAUGGUGUCUCGUUAAUAGCUGUUGAAAAAUCCACAGGAAAGCCAAUAGCUGUAGCUUUCAAUAAAAUACAAUUCAUUCCCGACAACGGCGAAGAUGUUUUCUUUGUUAAAUUCCGCAAAGAAAAUGCCAAAUCUCCUAAUGCCCAAUCACUAAUGGACUUUAUGGCUUCGGUCGAUGAGCAAUAUGAUAUCUUUGAAAAAUUCAAUUUAGAUUGUACCUGUGAGCUGAUGUUUCUGGCUACAUUACCCCAAUGGGAACGUAAGGGCAUUGCUAAGGCUUUGGCAAGAUACACCAUCGAGUUGACAAAGGAAUUGAAAAAUGGUAUAGGUUUGGAGGAAAUACAUCCCUCCCUGAGGAAACGUAUACCAAAAGCUGUUACCGCCAUUUUUACCUCAAUGUUUUCGCAAAAAGUUGGCAAGGCCGAGGGUUUUACAGUGGUUAAUACAGUGCCCUAUACACAGUUCUCAUUUGAGGGGAAAACCUAUGAUCAACGUAUAGAUCCCAGGCAUAAGGGUUGUGAGCAUGUGGUGUAUUUAGUUUAAGAGACUUUUAGGCGGAGGAGAAUUUCUUUUGCUUGAUUAACAAACAAAAGUUUUAAAUGUGGAAAUAUUAGUAGAAAUAAACAAACUGUCCUUAAAGUAUACAAUUUAAUAAAGUCUUGUAAUUAUUUACAAAGUUCAA